AUGUCUAAACGAAAAGUUUUACUUAUGGGUAAAUCGGGAAGUGGAAAGACGUCCAUGAGAUCGAUCAUCUUCGCCAACUACAUCGCACGUGACACGAGUCGUUUGGGUCCGACCAUUGAAGUUGAACAUGCACACGUGAGAUUUCUGGGAAACCUCGUGUUGCACUUGUGGGAUUGCGGUGGACAAGAGACAUUCAUGGAAAACUAUUUGCAAAAUCAGAAGGAUCAAAUCUUUAAAAAUGUUCAGGUGUUGAUCUACGUCUUUGAUGUUGAGUCGCGAGAAAUCGAGAGGGACUAUCGAUAUUAUCAAAGCUGCCUCGAGUCACUUUUAGCCAACUCCCCAAAUGCAAAGGUUUUCUGCCUAAUACAUAAAAUGGAUCUCAUUCAAGAGGAUCAUCGGGAUCAGACCUUCGAUGAAAAGAAACGCGAUAUUUUGCGUCUUUCUGAAGCGGGAGCCGGUGGAAAAGAUAAAGCCUCCGAAGUUGUACAAUGUUUCAAAAGCUCGAUCUGGGAUGAGACCUUGUAUAAAGCCUGGUCAGCUAUCGUCUACAAAUUAAUACCAAACGUGCACGCGAUUGAAGCUAAAUUGGCCAAUUUCACGGAGGUCGUUGAAGCUUCAGAGGUCUUGCUAUUCGAAAGAGCAACUUUCUUGGUGAUUGCUCAUGCCGAGGUGAGCGAACAGAACAAAGAUGUGCAUCGUUUCGAGAAAGUCUCCAAUAUCAUCAAGCAAUUUAAAUUAUCAUGCAGCAAAAUGGGCUCUCAAUUCGAGCAGGUGCAAGUGAAAAAUGACCAAUUUGCGGCGUUUAUCGAGGCUUUCACGCCAAACACCUUCAUUAUGGUGGUGCUUGCGGGCCCCGGCUCGGCAUCUGUAUCUGCGACAACGAUUCUGAUGAACAUUCGGCUGGCCCGAAAACAUUUCGAGCGAUUGGAAGAAGCAGGAGCUGCG